AUGCCAGAUGAUGAAAUAUCCUACGUUUGGCGAAUGGCCUGCUUUUGCUACGGCUUAAGCUACUCACCCCAGAAGGCUGCAGUGGACAACGUAUGGAUAUCAGCAGCACAUACCCACGCGAUGGUGUACAGCCUAGGAGACAAAUAUGCCGUUAAUGGACUCCAAGAAUAUGCUAGCCUCAGGUUUGAGACAGAGUUGAAAAAGGCAUUAUCUUCCGCCUUCUGGGCUGCACGUCGAGACGGCUCUAAUUUGCAAGACGCCGUUGGCAAAGCCCUAGAGGGUUUCGAUGAGACUGUAAAAGCUGUGUAUACUACAACGCCCGAUAGUGAUCGAGCUCUAAGGGAUAUUAUUGUGGCAUUCAUCAACGAGAAGUGGAAGAUGAGCAGCAUGCGUUCGAAACGUCGCCGUGAGUCGGCGCUCUCACUUGAUCCUGAAGAUUCAAAUGAGUCGAGCCGUCUCUAUGAAGCCUUUAAACCUGACGACUACUGCCCGGGGGUCUACUCUUUGGGGCCGCAGCAAGAGCUUUUUGAUGCGCUCGGCCAAUUGCUCAGGACUGGGUACAACUCAGAUAUCACAAUUGUUUGCCAAGGGUACUCCGUGGAUGUGCACGAAAUACUGAUUACUUGUCGUUCGACGUACUUCCAAAACAUGCUUGCAAACGACCUUCGGCUUUCGGAAGAAGACCCAGAAAUGAUCGAGAAGGUUGUUUCGUACCUGUACCAUCUCGACUACAAACCGCAAGUUUCUUGUUGGCUUACACAAGAGCAUCUUAAAGAUAGCGACCUCGAGAUCCAUGCUGAGAUGUUCUAUCUUGGGCAUUAUCUAGGUAUUGACGGUUUGAUGUGCCUUGCAUUUUGGAGGAUGAAGGCUUGGCUCGAGAAGAAGUCCAAUGCGAAAAGACAGAAAAGCUUUCGACCCUCAGCCCUUAACGCCUUCAUCAAGGCCACACACAUCAUUUGGGAGAAAAUUUCUACAAACUGCAAGAACGUACGAGACUUGAUGCUUGAUUUCGUUCCAGAAAAUUAUGCAGCACUGAAAGAGAUGAAAGCAUUCGCAGAACUCAUUACUGAAGUCAACGGCUUUGCUGCUGAUUGGAUCUUUUUCGACAUGAAGACCUGCGAUACUCCGGUGUAUCAGCGAUUGAAAAGUUGUGAAGUAUAG